AGCACCUCCUAACUGUUCCGGCCGCGCAUUUCAUUCACUUAAACCAUACUUAAUCUUCUCUGCAGGGAAUACAGGAUAUCACAGGGGAAUUAAACCACGAGUCAACUGGCUGUUACGAAAUGAAUUGAAAGAAGUUGGCGUAACGUCGGUUUCCUCUUCAAGUUGUGGUCACGACUCAUCAGCGCUAACCCUUCAUCCGAAUAACAGUGCUUACUGCUCAGACUCCCUGCCGUGAACAUGAGGAUCUAUUGUAUGAAAUCACGUCCGGACCACAUUGUAGACAUCACUAUUCGAGAGACCUAUCCACCACGUACCGUUCAGUUACAGAAAGUGGUGCAUGACCUCCACACACGCGAUAUUUGGACACGCAACAUCCUGCCACAUUUUCUCUCAAACCCAAAAGCCGAACGCGUAUGGGCCUCGAUUUUGGGUCCCUCUAUAACAGGAGGCCAUACGCCGUUAUCUGUAAUAGGUCUUUCACGUCACUCCCUGCUCAGCGGGAUGCAGGCAGGAGAUGACCUCUCCCAGUUGCCCUGGGUGGGUGUCAUUGCCUGCGAGCAUCCCCAAGCGCCUUGGCCGGACACUAACAGGGUCAACUGCUACCGUCGUCUGACAUCAAUUUGCCAGCGGAAAACACGAGACACGGGUGAAAAACUCAAUUUCCUGAUAUCUUCGCACGGGUCGAAGUUCAAAGCAUUCUGGGUGAACUAUGAAGGAGAGGAAGUCCGUCUGGAGCAGAUUGGAAAUCCAUACGUCCCGAAAGGAGUUAGGUAUGCCCCAAUGGACGUUGUGGAUGAUGAUAGAUUCCUCGGCUUUGUGAUGAGAAACUUGAAGGUGGUAUCUGCUAUCUACAACUUACCUGUGACGUUCCCAAGUUCUACCUUGACACAAGACACUACCGUACAAGCUCCCAUUAAAUAG